UUGUUCUUCCUGGUACAUCCUCUGUAAAUGUUGCAAAACCACAUCUGUCCUGACCUGUGAGGACAGCAUCUGAAUCUCAGCUGACCUAAGUAAACCACAGCCAUGACUCUGGGUGUUUCUGAGAAGUUGGAGCUGUUUUAGAGUCACACAUUUUCAACAAUCUUGUUUCUGUUCGCUGAUCCUUUGCCUCCAUUGGCUGACAACCAGCUUUUCAUCCUCACACAGCCAUGAGGACCACAUUGCUCUCUGUCACCAUGGUGAUAAUGUGUGUGACCGUGCAUGCGGUAAAGCCGCAAAAAGAUUUCAACUUGCAGAAGUUUGUAGGUAAAUGGUACAGAGUGGGGUUUGCCUAUGACUCUCCAGGCUUCAUCCCUUUAAGAGACAAAGUGAAGAUCUCCAUGGGCAUCAUCACAAUACUGCCCAGCGGCAACGUCAACCUCACAAUGUGGGAAGCACUAUCUGUGGGCUGCCUGACAAAAUUUUACCAGUAUAACACGACAAGCGUGCCUGGACAGUUCAUCUACUUCAGCAGCCGCCAUAAUAUGGUGAAAGACGUCACCGUGGUGGACACAAACUACACUGAAUAUGCUCUGGCUCUCAAGUACAAGAAUUUUAACAGAGAAUACAUGCAGGUGGCGCUUUACGGUCGCUCACCGAGAGUCAGAAUGCAUGUGAUGCAGAAGUUUAAAGCCUUUGCUUUGUCCCGUGGUUUCCCCAGAGCAUCUAUUCUGACCCCUCCUCCAGCAGAGAACUGUCCACCAUCAUAAUCUUGACGUUAGGUUUUAUCUCAGAUGAAGAGGAAGGAAUUUAUUCUGACAUACUGCUUUGACCUUUAUUACUAGAAAAUAAUAAAAGAACUACAAAGGCCAAUACUAGUACAUACACAUCUAUUUUCUGUUUUUUCCCUUUUUGGUGUCCAUUUUAAAUAAAAACAUUAACUUAGA